AUGAGUGAAGAUGGAAUUAGCUGUGUCUGGGCCCCGUUCACCUCACAUAUUGACUAUGAAGUCGCCCGGUGGGCCAAGCUGAGGGGGCAAGGUUCGACUGCCUUCUCAGAUCUACUUAACAUUGACGGUGUUUGCGAACGGCUUGGCCUCUCUUACAGGAAUUCUCGCGAGCUAAACCACAUUAUCGACAGCAAAAUCCCUGCCCACCGUCCUCGUUUUAGGCGCCAGGAGAUCCUGGUUGCUGGCGAGGCCUUUGAUGUAUACUUUCGGGAUAUCCUACAAUGCGUCAAGGCACUGUUCGGAAAUCCGGAACUUGCACCUCACCUGGUAUUCGCCCCCGAACGACACUAUUCCGAUGAAGACAAGACUCAGAGGAUAUAUCAUGAUAUGUAUACAGGCAAUUGGUGGUGGCAUACGCAGAAACAUCUCAAAAACGAAAAACCUGGCGCAACUAUAAUCCCCAUCCUGCUCUCAUCGGACAAGACCCAAUCAGCGUACCCAAUUUACAUGACUAUUGGAAACCUCCCCAAAGAAAUACGACGACAACCCUCUCGUAACGCGCAGAUACUUGUUGGUUAUCUUCCCACAACAAAGCUGGAGCACAUCACCAACAAAGCAGCACGGCAUCGUUGUCUUGCGAAUCUUUUUCAUGCAUGUGUCCGUCACAUUGUUGAGCCACUCAUUGUGCCAGGCAAGGAUGGGAUGUCAAUAGCCAGCGGCGAUGGAGUCCUUCGUCGUGGUCACCCUCUUUUGGCCUGUUAUAUUGGAGAUUACCCAGAGCAACUCUUGGUGACUAGGAUGAAGACUGGAGAGUGUCCGAAAUGUGAUAUACCUUUGACGGAGCUUGGGAGCAAAGAUCUACCUUUUGAGAUGCGUGAUUUGGAUCAAAUCUUACAUGCACUCGCUCUCGUCGAUGAAGAUCCGACUCAAUUCACCAAGGCUUGUCGAGAUGCAGGAAUAAAACCACUUUAUCAUCCUUUCUGGGAGGGACUCCCGCACUGUAAUAUAUAUAAUGCAAUCACUCCCAACGUUCUCCACCAGAUAUAUCAAGGCCUUGUCAAACACCUUAUCUCUUGGAUCAAAUCAGCUUACAGCGAGGCCGAAAUUGAUGCGCAGUGCAAAUGUUUGCCUCCGAAUCACAAUAUCCACCUAUUUAUGCAAGGUAUAUCAGUUUUGUCGCGAGUAAGCGGUACGGAGCACCAGCAAAUAUGCCGCUUUCUUCUGGGCCUAAUCAUCGACAUCCGUUUGCCUGAUGGGGCAUCCCCUGUUAGACUGAUUCGCGCAGUUCGAGGCCUCCUCGACUUCUUAUAUCUCGCGCAGUACCCAUGUCAUUCGGAUCUGACAUUAGAGCUUCUGAGUGGUGCACUCAACCGAUUUCACGACAACAAGUCUAUCUUCAUGGAUCUAGGUAUCCGAUCAUCAUUCAACCUCCCAAAGCUCCAUUCUUUCCGACACUACGUUAUGAUGAUUCGAAUGUUCGGAACCACUGACAAUUAUAACACUGAAUAUACAGAACGACUUCACAUUGAUCUAGCGAAGGAUGCAUACCGCGCGACAAAUCACAAGGACAAAUACAUGCAAAUGACCCUCUGGCUCGAGCGACGAGAGAAGAUGCUGUGGCACGAUAAAUUUAUUCAAUGGCGUCUACACAAUGGUGCUGCCCCAGCUCAUGUCCCUCAAUCGCGUCAUCCCCUACCCCACUCCGACCUUGUAUAUCUGCGACAAUCGAAGCUAACAAAAAACCCAUCUGUUAAACGGGUGACGUUUGCGUCCCUAGCUGAGCAGUAUGGUGCUGUACAUUUUCAAGCUGCUGUGGCUCGUUUCGUCAUGCAAGUGACACAGCCUGAUUUGACUGUGAGGCAGUCUGAAGAGGCUGCCUGCCAUGUCAAUCUACCAUUCCAGUCAGUUGCGGUAUUCCACAAGGUCCGCUAUAGUACUGUGGGUGAUGAUGGCAUGCUAAACAAUGUCACCAUUGACGCAAUCCAUGCGAGACCUGCCCGACGUGACUGCCACAACAGGAAAGUUCCAGCGAGGUUUGAUACUGCACUUGUAAAUCUGGGCAAUGGCGGAAAAAUGGGUGUUGAAGGAUAUCGUGUUGCGCAAGUUCACGUGGUCUUCUCACUGUCGGCCAAUGUCAAACAUGCACUGUUUGGCAAUGUCAAUGUGCCUGACCACCUUGCUUACAUCGAAUGGUUCACGCUGUUCACUGCACCAGACAUUAACCAUGGAAUGUAUAAGGUUUCACGCGCACUUUAUGAUGGUGACAGGCAAUCCAGCAUUGUCCCUAUUCGCAAUGUUCGACGGUCCAUUCACUUAAUACCCAAGUUCGGGACAGUAGCUCCACGUGAAUGGACUACGAGCAACGUAUUAGACCGGUGUAGCACUUUUUUUGUAAACAACUUCACUGACCGAGAUGCAUAUGUAACUGUAUUCUAG